CACUAUGGUAAAAUCAUUGGUAUCCAAACUAUCCGCAGCCUCCUCAACACUCUCCAUUGCCAGUAGCUUCAGUAGCAGUCAUUCCAAACAUGAUGCCAGCACCCACAAUGGAACAUCAACGGCAGCUAUCUCUGGGGACAAUUAUAUGAAGUAUCGUAAUGAUCCGGGGCGUUUCUUUGGCGAUGGCGUACAAUUCAAAGCCAAACUUAUUGGCAUUUUGGAGGUGGGUGAGGCACGUGGCGAUCGCAUGUGCCAAGAGGCCCUACAAGAUUUGAAAAUGGCCAUAAGAGCGGCGGGAGAGCACAAACAACGCAUCACCAUCCAUGUAACCAUCGAUGGUUUACGUUUGCGUGAUGAGAAAACCGGUGACUCUUUGUAUCAUCAUCCGGUGCACAAGAUCUCAUUUAUUGCCCAAGAUAUGACCGAUUCUCGGGCAUUUGGUUAUAUAUUCGGUUCACCGGAUAGUGGUCAUCGAUUUUUUGGCAUCAAAACGGAUAAGGCUGCUUCACAGGUGGUGUUGGCCAUGCGCGAUCUCUUUCAAGUGGUGUUCGAAUUAAAGAAGAAGGAAAUUGAAUUGGCCCGACAGCAGAUACAAUCGAAAUCUAUGCAUCAUCAUGAUCAACAUCAGCUGUCAUCGUUGUCGUCUCUGAAGAGUGCUGGCACCACGGGUGGACAAAAUGAUUUGUCCGGUGGUUUGGGUGUUGGUGGUUCAAGCAAUUCGGCGGCCACUUUAAGUAUGCUGAAUAAUAUGGCCAGUAGUUCAAAUAAUACACCAUCCAAUAAUCGACUGGGUGUCAAUAUGGAUUCUAAAGGAGCUUCAAAAGAGAUAUCUCCAGAAUCUGUGGCAGAUUUGGUCGACUUGGAACAAGAACUCUCUUCUCUACAAAGAGGUAUUAAUCAAAUGGAACGCAUAACACCCAAUGAUGGUACAACAUCCAAGAAUUCAAUUGGAAAUGAUGAUCCAUUUGGUGAUUCAUUUUCAAACUUUCCGGCCUUACCACCACCCGAACCUGGACGUUCGCGUAGCAAAACCUCGGCAAAAAGUAUUGAUUUAUCGAAUACCACCAAUGUUGCUACAUCGUCGUUGCUUUCACCUUCCGCCACACAGACCAAUCGCCAAUCACCGGUAUCGUCAACGGGCACAUGUGCCAUUGCACCAUCACUGCAACCGCUGGACGAUGAUGAUAGUUGGCUGCGUGAAUUGGAUGCACAUAAUGAUGUUUUCGAUACAUCCAAAACCAUGAUGCCCGGACUAAUGGGUAUGCCACCGCUGGCCUCAACACUCACAAGCUCCGUACCGCUGACAUCACGUGCUCCCUUGGCACCACGAGAAUCAAGUGCAACACCUCCCAGUCAUAUCUACGAGACUGUUUCAUGUUCGACAUCAUCAGCAAUGCCGAAUAUAAAUGAUAUAACAAAUAUUACCAGUACUGCGGCAACAAAUGCCGAAACGAAUUCCAUAGUAAAUAGUUCUAGUCUUACGGAUAUAUUCCAAACGGCAGCUGUAACAGCAGAUACAUCAAAAGUCGAAAUUAAAUCCGAUGCAUUUACCGAUUUGGAUCCAUUAGGUACUGGUCGCAUACGACCAUAUGUUGAUAAGAAAUAUUUUUUCCAAGAGCUUAAAAAUCCACCAAAAAAAGUUUUGAAAGAUCUCACAGCUAACUCUUCCGUAACAUCGUCGUCCACUUCGCCAUCUUCGCUGUUGACAGCCGUAACGUCCACGUCUACGUCGACAACAACAGCAGCGGUAGCACUCAAUGCAGUAGCCUCAGUGGCAGUUCCAACAGCCGCAACAACUGCCAGUCUUCUAACAUCAUCAUCUGCAUGUCCAGCUACUUCAUCUGCGACAGAACUUUAUUCCUUGACUGAUACUCAAAUGAAAUAUAACCACAACAACAACACCAACAACGGCAAUAACAAUUUCUUAUUGCAACAAUCAUCAACAUCAGUUACAGUUAGCAAUGAAAUAUUGAAUCUGCAGGAUUUCGAUAUGACUUCGCGACACACUCAACCACAUUCUUCAAUGAUACUAACGUCUUCUAACAUUAACUCUUUACUAACAACAGCCGCAUCAGCGUCAGCAACAUCGGCCACAACAUUGGCAUCUGCCUCCUCAAUAACAGCCGCCACAUCCCUCAUGUCCUCAGGUACAUGCUAUGCUAAUGCUAAUGCUCCAGUUACUGUUGUCAAUAGUUAUGCUUCACUAACCACGACCACGUCCUCGUCCACCACCAGCACCAACAGCAAACUGAGCACUACUGCUACCGUAAAUCUGUUGUCCAUAAAUAAUCUGUCUGUAACUAAUCGUAGUAAUAACACUGCUUUAAUCUGCACUUGCCCCACAACAAUAAUAACAAAUAGCUUUACUACUAACCACUUAACUAACCGAACGGACCGCCAACCGGUCGGCCCUACUAAUCCUAAUUUCCUAAACGAGUCGACAGCUGCCAUUGGCAGCGGCAGUAGUGGCAGUCGCAAUACCGCUAUGGUGACUAGUGGCGGCGGCGGCAACAGCGCCAAAGGCGUUGACCACUUAGCCAUGUCAACGUCUUUGAAGUUGCAGCCUAGUGGAGCUACUAAGUCGUCAACAACAACAACAGCUUCAACUUCUUACGGCUCCUCGGCCCAUCAUCAUAAGUCACAAACUAAUAAUUUACGUUUUUCUCGGUAUCAUCCUCCUCCCAAUUUAGAACCCAUUGCAGCUGUAGCAGCGUCAACGUCGACUGGAGCUGCCACAUCGGCAGAUUAUGUUAUGCUGCCACGCGACACCGAUCCCUUUUCACCAACACGCAAGAAAAGUGAUCCUUUCGAAGAGGUGGGUGACAUUUUCUCUAAAUUGGAGCCCUUUGAAUUUGAAUUUGGCGGCGCUGGCGGAGGUGAACGUGAAGAAGACAAAGCCAAAAGAAAUGCCCUUAAUUCGGCAUCGCCUUCCAGGGAUGGCGACAUGCAGGGUUCUCAUGAUCUUUUGUCUGGUCACCUGCAAGUCAGCUUGCCUCCAGAGAGCAGUGGUGUUGGCGGCGGUGAAGCCGCACAAACUCAAAGCACGGUACGUUCGCGACCUGUGCCAUCGUCGUCGAUGAUGGGUUCAUCAAUGCCACCUUUGGCCGGUUCUGUUCCUGGUUCCAUGUUGAAGCAACAAACAGUUGAUGUCAUCUCAAGUAUUUCCAAUAAGAAGAUGCCCCAUUUAUUUGGCCAAUCAUCGCGUUUCCCCAAAAGAGACUCCAAUUCUAUAAACAUGCGACGCCUGCAAGAAUCGGAUUCUUUGAGUGAAACUGAAAUGGCACCAGAGCCACCGCCACGACCCGAUUCGGCCCCAUACUCAGAGCCACCACCCUUACCGCCCAAGAAACAAUUCAAUGAUAUAAUAAUUCGGCCAAGAGCUGGGGCGUCUGCAGCUAUGGGUGCCACUUCCAGCCGGUACGAAAGUGUCACUUCAGCCUUAAAAUCUCGUACUUCUCCAGUGAGCGGAGCUGUGGAUGUGCCACCGAUACCAUUGCCUUCGCGUCGGGUUGGGCGUACUGAUGGUUCCUAUCCCGGCCCGGGACGACCCAGAAAGCCUGGUCACACAGAAGAUGAUUAUUUGGCGCCAUUGCCGUCGACAUCAUCAUCCUCAUACAGUACUGCUGGCAUUUCAAAUAACCCAGAUGUGCCACCAUUGUUGCCUCCACCUACACAAAUUUCGUCCAGAUCCAGAACUCAUCGGCAGCAGUCCUUCAAUCAGCCCAGUUCGCGACAAUCGCACGAUAUCUAUGAGAAUAAACAGGAGAUUUUGCAGCAGCAGUUGCAGCAGCAACAACAGCAAUCGAAGAAUGCAGCCGAGCCAGCCUUGGUGCCCGAUAUUACUCUCAGCCAACUAUUGACCCUGGGCAUUGAUGAACUCUCGGCUAAAUUGAAUGUGCCCACAAGUAAACUGUCCACCAUGACUCUGGUGGAACUGACAUCCUAUUUGGCAGAGUUCCUGGAACAAUCCAAACCGGAGCCAAUGCCAGAAGUUCAAGAAAAUCAGAGUAUAUUCAAAGUGAACUUCGAUCAGGAGGGCACAUUCGUGGCCAAGUUCGAUGACACCUUCGGUGAGGAUUUCCAAAAUCCCUCAACUGCUGUUAGCUCAACAUCGUUUCAGGCAAACUUCGCCCAAUUCGAUAAAGUUAAUGUUGAACCGCCUGUUGGUAGCACGACACAGUCAGGUUCUGGCGUGCCGCCUGCAGAUCGAUAUGCCGUCUUCCGUGAAAUAAUCGAUCAGGAGCUCCAACAAAAACAAGAAGAGGCAGAUCUGAUUGGUGAUAUUGUGGAGAAUACAGACAUUCCCGUACAUGAAGAUCAAGAACCGCAAUUUGAGUCGAAUUUCUCGCUAACCACUACAGAUUUGGAUAUGCCCACUGGAUCUCAGGAUCUUUUGAGUGGUGAUAUGCCAGAGGUGACAGCAUCCGCUCAACAGGCAGCGAAGAUUGAUACAAAAAUUUCAGAAGUUCUGGCCCAAGCUACCGACCGAUAUGCAGCUUUGAGAGAUUUAAUACUGGUGGAAAAUCUCUUCGACAAUUCCCAACCUCAGGCACCAUCGACACAAGCACCAAGCCUUUCCUUAGAAACGGCUUCGGACACAGGACGUUCCGACUCCAAGUCGCCAUUCCAAGGCUUCUCUGGAUUUAAUGAUGAUGAGGAAGAUCAGGAUCUGAAGCAACUAAUGGACCAAAGCGUCAAUUUGGAUCCAACAACUCAACAACAAAGAUUGGGUUUGGUAGACAGCCGUGGCUUCCUCGUUGAACCCUCAUCCUCGGCCCUAACUGUGGACGAUGAAGAAGACGAGGAGGAAGACGGCCGUGCCACCAAAGACGAUAAAGAUGACCAGGGUGGUGUAAGCAGUGCCGAUAGCAAUGAAAAGGAAGUCGAUAAAGAUAACCUGCCCAUUGCCAACUACGAACAAUUGGCCAGUUCAAAUCAGCAACUCGAACAGAUCGAAGAGAAACCUGAAAAGUUCGAAGAUACUCCGAAAAUAAGUAUAACCCAGAGUCUAACCACCACCACCACAGAGAACAAUUUCCUGUCAACGGGCAGUGUUGUUUCAUCUUCGGCUAUGUCCGGUUCAAAGGAUGAUUUGGAAAUUGAUGAUCUGAUGCAAAGAGCAAUUUCCAAUCUCUCUCUAGAUUCGCGGGAACGUAAUUCUCCGGCUGUGUGUAGUAAUCUUUUGCAGGCCCAACAACAGCAACAAUUUGCAAAUAAUGGCAGUACAAUAAGAAAUGAAUCUUCACCCAUACCUAUUGGACAAACCAGUCAGUCCAAAUCACCCAUGAGUAAUAAGUCACCUCAACAACUAUCCCCCCUGACGAAGCCAAUGAAUGUGCUGUCGCAAAUUAUUGAUGUUGCUACCAAACAAAUAGAAAGCGAAGCGGCGAUGUCCUCAAAGGCAUCCAACGAGUCCUGGGCCACUUUCGAUACACCACAACAUCAGCCGACAGCAGCGCCAUCUUCAGACAAACGGGCCAGACCCUCCGCCAAGGCACUCUCAAAAUCUAAUAAUUUUCUCAAUCUACCACCACCACCUGGAUCCACAUCGAAUUGUUCACAAAACGACAGUGCCCUUGAGUCUCCAUGCUCCUCAGAUCCUCGAGAUGAUGGUUGGCAUAAACACUCAAUGGGUGGCAGCAGCCUUUCAUUGGGUCAUCACUCGAACGUUGGCGGAAGUAGUACCGGCCAAAGACGCUUUCACAAAAAAGAACGCCAGAACACCUCGUCAUCGUCCCGAGAUCUUAGUUGGGAUGAAGAUCAAGGCGGUGUUGGUGGUAUGAUGGGUAGUGGUGGCCAUAUAAUGGAUGGCUAUGCUCAGGGUAAACGUAUGGCUGGACAGGCUGGACAUGGUAAUCUAACGGCAGAACGUCUUGGCUACUAUAGGCGGCAUGCGAGACGUAUGAAUUCCUGCGAUGAGGAUUAUGAUUAUGAACAAGAGUUUUCAGCCAACAGCCGUGGCCGGGAUCCUUGUAAAAAUAAACGGAAUAUAUCAAGAAGUAGAGAUAAUUUCGAUAUGGAUUCUCCUGGAUGGUAUCAUCAUCAUGCCGGCGCCCCAAGUCAUGCACCCCAUCACACUUGGUCUUCCCAAGACAUUGAACAAGUUAGAGGUCGUUCAUUUGAUCGUUCAGCUUACGAACGAACCACAUAUGGGCCACCAAUUUACGAUAAGCGCGGUGUGGGCCCUCCACUUUCCUCCACAUCCAGUUAUGAUCGAAGAUCUGGGGGAGUAAGUGGUGGAACAGGGAUUGGAUACGACAAACGUAGCAAUAAAUAUUACCGCGGUGAUCCUAAUUCACGAAACCCGAAUCCCGAACGCAUUUAUAGUCUGGACGAUUUUGAUGAGAUGUUAGCUGCCACUGGAAAAAUACCUCCGCAUCUGGCCGCCAUGUAUGAGGAAAUGAAGGCCGGCUUCUGUUCGCCACAAAUGAUGGUGGGUGGCCAUCGACAACGUAGUUCAGACUAUAUGUACGAACGUGAUCGUAAGUCAUUUGAUCGUGAAAGUCUGGAAUCGUAUGAUGGCUCCAAUGCGCCACAGCGACGUCGUCGUCGUAGUUAUGACAGUGGUGGUAUGCCAUCUGACCCAUACGGCAGCUGUGAUAGUCGUGAUGAUUAUCAUCGAGAACGUCACUAUAUGACAGCCGAAAAGAGUCGUUCUCUAAGAAAAUCGCUAAAGUCUCUGCGGGUAUCGGGUGAUAUCGACUAUGAACAGGAUUCGGAGAAAGAAUAUCAUUAUCGGGAUCAGAGAGCACGUUGUGAUACCAGAAGUCUACAAAGACCUAGUCAAUUAUCUACACAGGUUGGAGGUGCAAUGCCAGGUGCAGCAGCAGUUGGUCCAUUGGGAUCACAAUCGCGUAUACGCAAAAGUAGUGGUUCCAGCCCAUGGGAUGGUGAAGAACCACCUAUGCCAGGACAAAAAGUUACUGCAUCGUCAUGGAAACGUCCCUCCAGUGCCGCAGAUUCUGAAAGACGCUUGGCCGAAAGCCGGAGAUCAGCCGUUAAGGGACAGACCCCUUCAGGUUCUGAAGACGAUAAAGAUCGAAGAUAUCGAAAGAAACGUGGAUCACGUGCCAAAGAUAUGGCAACAAUGCCCGGCGGCCGAUAUCGUGAUGGACCCCCAAUGCGUUCUAGUAAUUACGAUUACAUUGGCGAUCUAGAUGAUGAUGCCGAGGAUUAUGUUGACGAAGAAGAAGAGGAGGAGGAAGAAGAUCGUGCCAUUGGCGAUGAUGACAUUUCACCUGCAGAUGAAGAUAAAUUUGCUCGCCUCGAAAUGAGACGACACGAAAUGCAUAAUCGAAUGAUGGACGCCCAUGUACGUAGACGCAAAGAUCUACCUCCGUCGGCAACACAAAUGUCGUCCAUGGCAUAUCGUAAAAAUGCCCCCGGACCAUAUGUCCAUAGGAAACCACUACCUCCAACAGAUGCUAAGCAUAGUCAUCCCCAGGAUUAUGGUUACGACGAUGACGGCGAGUAUGAACAGACACCAACUCCACGAUCAAAUACUAGCAGCGCCUUGCCAACAGCCACCCCGAAUACAUCAACUAAAUUUAGUUUUGAUGUUGGCUUUGAGUCUGAUUUUAAUCAAACUUCACCGCCACCUGCUCCUGCGGGUACCGCAUCCAGUUGCAACUCCACGCCAGCGGCAAAUGUCAGUGCUGCCAAUACACCAGCCUCGAAAUCAUCAUUCCGUUUUUCCAAUGAUUUCUCUGCUGGCCUAGAACGGGAAAAACAUUAUCAACAGCAUUCGGCAGCAGCGGGUAGCCUACAGCAAUAUGAUUUGGAGAAUCGUGGUAUCUCACCACAAGCGACCACCGCCCCCUCCACAACACAGGCGAGUACCCCAAAACUACGUUUCGAUGAUAAUGUCAAAGUAUCACAAUUCGAUGAUGCCUUCGAAGAUGACUUUUCCAAGACCAGUUUUGAUGCCUUUGAAGCUGAUGAUCAGUGGCAGGAAUCCUUGACACGAUCGGCAAAGCAACAAAUACGCAAUAAUAAGUUACAACAACGUCAACAAGAUCUAAUUAAGAAAUCAGAAUCUAUAAAUAUAUUCGCCAAGAAAGUUGAGGAUCCCUUUGAAGAUGAUGAUUUUUUUAAUAGUCCUCCAAUACAGGUAACUGCCGGUGCCGGUAAUGAGGAUAAACCGGACAAGCUAAAGGGAAAUGGCAAUGGUUUUGCAGCUGGAGCACAACCCACUAACUGGGAUGAUAACAAUACAAAUUUUGCCAAAUUUGAUGAAAAUAUCAAUAAUUAUGUUAAUAAUCACAACGAUGAGGUAGCUGGUGUUGAUAUUGAUGAUGACGACAAUGAUGAGGACGACGACGACGAAGAUGAUGAUGGCGGUGGCCAUUAUGCUGAAAUAGAUGUGGUCACAUCCAACGACUAUUACUACAUUACAAAUCUCAAACAAUAUUAUGACGAACAGCAAACAUUAAAGGACCCCUACAAGUUGCCCCAACAAUACAAUACCAAUAAUUAUAAAAAACAUACCCAGCAUCAACAUCGGCGUUCAUGUGAUUCUUCUUCUUCAUCGUCAUGGUCGAACUAUACAUACAAUCAUAAUAAAUAUCAAUCGAAUCGAGGUUCAACAUCAACGUCUGUGUUCACCCAGUGCCAUACAACACAAACAAAACCCGUGGAUAGGGUCCGUUAUUGUGCGCAGCAGAAAUCACAGCAUUACAAUGGUAUUGAAGACAAAGGUGAUGAUGCAGAUGGAGAUGCUCGUGUGCCAGGUAUAACAAAUACAAAUAGUAUUCUACGCAAUACUCAAAAACGAUGUCGUCGUAAAUUAUUUGCAUUCAAUUUUAUGUUAAAGAAUUUAAUAACAUAUCGUUUUAAAUAUGAUAUUCUAUAG